AGCGGUGACGUCUGAGACGGCGUCUUUUAGACGCUCUCACUCCAGCACGCUGACAAAGAGUCAUAUUUGAAAUGAUCAUGAAGGAGGGCCGUGUCUGUUUAAAGGAGGCUGCACUGCAAACGAAGGCUUCGGGUCAUGAUUAACGGCAACUCCCCUGCAUUUUAACUCUGACCUCUGGCAGGCAGAGAACAUUUUAGAAAGCCGGAGAGAGGGAGAGCAGCGGGAGGUGGGAUUGUAGGACUUCUUGUUCCAGCCAAACAGCAGGAGCUCUUCAAACCAGGACGGACUUGGCCAGGCUUUGCAGAGACACUACAAUGUUAGGUCUUCACCAGGCUGUCGAAAAAACAUCUUUUUGAUUUUUUUUUUUAAAGCAAUGUGCAGCUGCUGAAGGCAGAGAAAGUAAGGAAAGAAAAAAAAUCUUUAAAAACAUAGAAGUUAGGCAGAUAUAAAGGAAAAAACUUGAAAAACAGAGAAGAAAAAGAAAAAGGUCCAAAAACCCAAAAAAAAGAUUGAGAUCCAAAAGUCAAGCUGCAGCCAGUUGGAGCCAGUGGAAUGGACCCAAGUGCAAGUUGGAUCAACCCCCAAGUACCCACACUGCUGUCCGAGGAAGAAGGCUGAGGAUCUGCUGCAACAACUAACACCUGAAUGAGGAUGAAUGGAGAUGUUCUUUAGAAAAGCCUACAAUCAACAAGUUUGCAAACUCUUCUGUGCAAGCUGGAGGCGUACAAACUAACAGCUGGAAGAAGAGGAGUUGUUGGAGGGGAGUGAGGGGGCCCCGAGCACCGCUCGUGCCUCUGGCCCGAAGCAGAGGGAGGCAGACUGCAGAGACACUCAGAGCUGCAAGAGGGACACCACGGAGGGGAAGAAGUGGCGGGCGUCAGGUGUCGCAUGGCAGCGCAGAGGCUGGUGGCGGCAGCAGUGGUGGUAGCCCUGCUGUCCCUGGUAUUAAACAAUGUUGCAGCCUUCACCUCCAGCUGGGUCCUUCAGGCUCUGGAGGAUGGACGUAAGCGCAGUGUGGGACUCUGGAAAAUGUGCCCUAGUGGGGCGGAAAGGGCACGGGAUGAUCUGCCCGCUGGAAGUAAGGUGCAGGGGACGCAGAGGCAGUGCGAAAGCCUCGGAUGGGGCUCAGAGUAUGCAGGUUAUCAAGAGUCCCGCAGCACAGUUAAAUUGCAGUUCAACAUGAUGCGAGCAUGCAACCUGAUGGCAACAGUGGCCCUGACUGCUGGUCAGCUCAUCUUCCUUCUCGGCUUGAUGGAGCUGCCCUUCUUUACACAGGAGUCCCAGUGGUGGGAGGAAGCCAUAGCGGCACUCUUCCAGCUAGCCAGCUUUGUGCUUGUAAUUGGACUUGUGACUUUCUACCGGAUCGGACCCUACACACACCUGUCCUACUCCUGCUAUGUGGACAUAGUAGCUUGCCUUCUGGCCACACUGGCCGCAGCCAUGCUAAUCUGGAACAUUCUGCACCGGCGGGAUGACUGCCUGGCUCCUCGAGUUAUAAUCAUCAGUCGCUCGCUCGCAUCGCCUUUUCACCCACGCCUCAGCAACGACUACGUGGAGUCUCCGUGCUGAGGCUUCAUGAACACAGAAGGACUAAUCGCAGAACAUGAGAGGACUGCUUUCUCCACCAUAACUGUUUUAGUCCUAAUACUCAUCUGAAUUGUGACUCUCAGGAGUAAAAAAGGUUUUCUGUGGCUCUGAAAGCAUGUACCUGCUACUGCAAACACAGUUUAUUUUACUUAUUAGAACAGUUCUGCUGCUUCAAGCACAGGAGUCACGUAUUUAACAAAGAUAAUGUAUUAGGAAGUCUUUAAGCUAAACAAAUACAGACCUAAUGACACUUCUUCACAUAUUUACACUUGGGUGAGCUGGUAGCAAGUAGGAGAUGGACUUAUGGAAACCACCUUUAGAAAAAGAUCAAGCUGGAACUUGACCCUUGUGGCAAAAAGGAGCUUUUUGAAUAACUCCCUUCAUAAUUUAAUUUGGAAAUAAAUACAACACCACAUUACCUCAUGUUUGUCUCUAUCUUAAAAGUCAUUCAAUUUCAAAGGAAUAUUUUAUAAUGAAUCUGUUGGAAGUUGGUGAAUCAAUAAGCAAAAACAAGUUGUGCUUCUUUUUAUUUUGUCUGUCACAUUCUGGGACACUUUUCACUUUUAACCAUCUGAAUUGUGGUUACAUGGAACUCUUUUUAAGAAUGUUCUAAGAACUGAGAAAAAAAUGGCUGCUUACAGAAAAAGCAGAUGUGAUCACAGAUCAGUUUUGGUUUCCAAGCACAAUUUUAGUAACUAAAAUGAAUAAUAGUCAUCUUGUAGAUGAAGUGAAUCGGGAUUGGCAGGAAAAAGACCUGGCUCAAAUAAUGUUUGUAUUAAGCAUUUUAAAUGAACAACUGUUGCUUUUGGUACAUCUUGUAUAAUUAAAAAUGUAAGAACUUUAACUCACUGAUAUGCUUGGACCUUUCACUGUCAGAUAGGAGCGGGUCAGAUAAUAUAUAUAAUAUUUUUAAUUUCAAUAAAUGUAUUGCUUACUUUGGAAAAACUGUCUUUUUCAGGCCUAACAGAUGGGGAGGAGGAGAAUUAACAAAUGAAAUAAAAAUGUGGAUUAAAAUCUGUUUAAAGCAUCAGAUGUUUGGUCUGAGCUGUAAUAUUUUAUUUUUAUGGUUUUUACUUUCACUUUAAAGAGUCAAAACUAGAGUUACAAUAUCGACUACUUAAAAAUGAAGGGACAGAGGUUUGGACAGUGCUACUUAAAAUGAACAUUUUCUAUACAAUGUUACAUAAACAUUAAAUGCAUUCCUAAAGCUGCAAAA